GGUGGAAGGAAAUUGUUAACCUUAAUAUAAUCAUAAUUUGGAUGAUUGCUUUCUCAAUUUUUUUUAAUCUCAAAUUCUAGUGACCUCAUGUUGUUCUGAAAACCCAAUUAUAAUGUUGGUUUGGCUUAUCUGUUAACCUCACUUUAGGAUCUCGCUUUUACUUAUUUAUAUGAUUGUUCGUUAUUCAUGUAGGUGGAUGAAGGUUUUUUCAGCUGAUAUUUUACUCCUUUCAUGCAAAUAGCUCUAGUUUGUAAGGAAUUAAAUUCUGUUUUCGGUUUCCUGGAUGUUGAAUUUAGAAAUUUGCAUUCACCCAUUCGAUUUUGAGUUUAUCACUUAUCAGCUCACUUUUAGGUUCGUUUGAGAGUGCUAAAAAGUUCUUUUAGUUUAGGUUAAUAACUUUGAUGUGUGGUUCUAUAGCUCUUAAAAGCAUUCAUGGUACUUUUGACUUUUCUUGAAAACCAUUUUUAUGUUUCUCCCGAGUAUGAUAAAUUUUAUUUGACAGUAUAUAUAUAUGUGUUUUUAACUUGGUUAUUUCUAAACAUAGCUUUUAUUGCCUUCAUGGUUGUAUGAAGCAAAAGUAGGAACAAAGUAACAAGCCAGAUGACAGAGGCCCUUCUAUCUGGUACACAUGGAUUACCUUGAAGCAGGGGCAGAUAUUAUCAUCACAGCAUCUUAUCAAGCCACAAUCCAGGGAUUUGAGUCCAAAGGACUUUCAAGAGAUGAAAGUGAAUCCUUGUUAAGAAAGAGUGUGGAGAUCGCCUGUUCAGCACGGGAUAAUUAUUAUGACAGGUGUAAAUCAAGUACUCCUGAUGAGACUCCAGAUGGUAAAAUUUUCAAAAAACGGCAGAUACUUAUAGCAGCUUCUGUGGGGAGCUAUGGAGCAUAUUUGGCUGAUGGGUCUGAGUACAGUGGUAUUUAUGGUGACAAUAUUACACUUGAGGCUCUGAAAGAAUUCCAUAGGAGAAGGGUAAAGGUGCUUGCAGAGUCGGGGGCUGACCUGAUUGCAUUGGAAACCAUUCCCAAUAAACUUGAAGCUAAGGCAUAUGCUGAACUCUUGGAGGAAGAAAAUAUAAGCAUUCCUGCAUGGUUUGCUUUCAACUCGAAAGAUGGUAUCCAUGUGGUUAGUGGUGAUUCUUAUUAUGAAUGUGUUUCGAUUGCUGAAUCGUGCAGAAAUACUGUGGCAAUUGGAAUCAACUGUACACCGCCUAGGUUUAUUCAUGGUCUAAUAUCUUCCAUUAAGAAGGUCACUACAAAGCCUAUAGUGAUAUAUCCAAAUAGCGGUGAAAGUUAUGAUGCGGAUCGAAAGGAAUGGGUGCAAAAUACAGGGGUCUCUGAUGAUGAUUUUGUAUCUUAUGUAAACGAAUGGUGUGAGGCCGGGGCAUCAUUAGUUGGAGGUUGCUGUCGAACCACUCCAAAUACAAUCAGAGCUAUUUACAGGACCCUCUCAAAGAGAUAAGAAAACUAUUCUCUAAAGUAACCGUUUUGGUGCAUUUCAAGGAGUAACAUCUCAGGUAAGUCCAAUCUAAGGAUGUCUCUUGGAUUCAUAUAUGGCGACUUAUCUUUCAUCGAAUUUGACGGUAAGAAUCGGCUGAUGAAUGUAAGGAUUAUAUUUUCUGGAAGUAGAUUACUUAUCUCCUCCUUUUGCUUGUUCUUAGUUUCUCCUGAAUCAUGAGUUUAUUUGUUGUAUUGUAUAUCGUUAUUCGGCUUAUGUUUCGUUUAUGGUGGCAAGGAUUCGGGUAAAAUGUUGCAUGGAUGCACUGGUAAAACGGAUUCAUUUCAAUACAAGUGCUGCUAUGUUACGUAUGCAGGUUCAUUUGAAUGUGAAACUAUUAUCUUAUCUGAUGGAUAGGUUUUCUUUAAUUGGUAGUUAUAGAAAAAACAGUCUUCUCUUAAGACCUAUAAAGAGGAUUGAAAUUGCCAAGAGAAUUAGCUGGCCAUUUCGGUCAGAAAAUUCUGGAACCUGUGCAUUUUCUAGGGAGUUUGAACCUUUUGUCAUUCCUCUCAAAUGGUAAGUCCUAAUUGUCAUAUCUGAGUUACUAUAAAUUAUUCUGUUAAUUGAAGUAGAAUAUGAAAAAUCCACAUCUUUGCAGACAUGUAACAAUCAGUUUGCUAUUCUGAAUCUCAUGGACAGGUGAUGAGCUUAUCAAUGAUACCCCGAAACUUUUGAAAUCGUUGCAAUUAAACUCUAAUACUAAUCAAGUUAUAGUGUUAAGUUUGAUUUUAAGGAUUAUUUGAAACUCAAAUAUGGAUUGAAACAGUUGAGUUCCUAUAUAUAUGAUUUGGUCAUGUCUCACAAGUUGUUUGUCACCCCAUAUCUGAAUAUUUGACCCAAAAAAAAAAAAAAAAAGUUGGCAAAAAGUAACACUAUAUUUGAUUGGCUAUUUUAGUUGAUUAUAGAGUUAAAAAUAGAGAAAAAUGAGUGAGUUUGAAAGGGUUUAAAAAUGAUAUGUGAAGCAGAGUAAAUUGAAAAAUGGAACCAUACAAGAAUGCAAUCACUUGAAUUUAUUCCUUUUUUUUUUCCAGAACAUGAAACCUGAAACUGUCUAAUCGUUAAAAGAAUGGAAAAUAAGUUUGAGAAAGACAGGGAAAAAACCAAUUUUGUUAAGUUUAUAAAUACUACUUAUAAGUGCUUAUAAGUUGUUUAUCAAUCCAAACAUGCUUAGUUCUAGUUCACUGGAGAGUUUGUGGAAGUGGUGGAAAUUGUAUAAUAAUAUUUUCCCUUCCAAGUAUAAAUUAAUCAGUGGGGUAUGUGUUGUGGGAAGGAACUUUGGGACGUUGGGACAGGGCAAAACAAUUGGGGAAGUUGAUUGCACCUUCUGUUCUAGACUUUGCGACUGUUGGUGUCUCCAUUCAAUGUGGGUAUGUAGGUGACAGAAAAUAGGUCUAAAUUGGAGUUCUCUCGUUUCUGCGUGAGGUAUUGGAGAUUGUGGAUGGGUCGAAACUCUGUAAAUCAGGUACUACCGAUGGAAAAGGUGAAGCUACUUGCGGAAUGGGUUUUUUACGAUGCUCAGGAGCAUGUGGAGCAGCCGUACGUGAAUACGGUUGUUCAGCAGGUGGGACGCGUGGUGGAGAGGCAUUCGACUGGCUGUAACUGGAGCUACCGUUUAAUUUGGCGCUUUAACUAAACGGAUAGGUCAGUGGAAUCGACGAGUACGGGGCUGGGAGUUGUAUUGCGCAGUUCCAAAGGUGAGGUGAUGGCUGCUAGUUCAAAAUUUUUGGAGUUUGUUGGUGGAAGAUUUUGAGCCUUCUGUUUGGGCCAAAUAGUUGGUGAGAUAGGUCUUACAAAUGUUUUGGGUUGAAUUUGAUUCCCAAAUAUUUGUAAAGGUCAUUUAUGAAAACUCUAUGGACUAAUCCCAUUUUGGAGUUAUUUUA